CCCCACCAUUUUUCUCAAGCAGCCAUCUCUACUAAACCCUAGAAUUUCUUAUCCAAUUUUUAGAAACAAAAAUGCCUCUUAUCCCAGAAGAGCCUUUGCUCGCCUCUAACCCAGAUCGAUUCUGUAUGUUCCCAAUUCAGUAUCCACAGAUUUGGGAAAUGUACAAGAAAGCCAUGGCAUCUUUCUGGACGGUAGAAGAAGUCGAUCUAUCUUCUGAUAAUCGUCACUGGGAAAACCUAACAUCCGGUGAAAGACAUUUCAUCACUCAUGUGCUUGCCUUCUUUGCCGCCUCAGACGGCAUCGUUUUAGAGAACCUCGCUGGAAGGUUCAUGAAAGAUGUCCAGGUUGCUGAGGCGCGUGCUUUCUAUGGGUUCCAAAUCGCCAUUGAGAAUAUCCAUUCCGAGAUGUACAGUUUGCUGUUGGAGUCGUACAUAAAGGAUUCUGACGAAAAGAGCAAAUUGUUCCGUGCAAUCGAGACCAUCCCUUGUGUUGAAAAGAAGGCGAAAUGGGCCCUUCGUUGGAUCGAUGGUUCCGAAACCUUCGCGGAGCGCUUGGUGGCUUUUGCUUGUGUUGAAGGGAUUUUCUUCAGCGGAAGCUUCUGUUCGAUAUUUUGGUUGAAAAAACGGGGGUUAAUGCCUGGAUUAACCUUCUCAAAUGAGUUAAUUUCAAGAGACGAAGGUUUGCACUGUGAUUUUGCGUGUUUGCUUUACAGUUUGCUAAGGACGAAGCUAACUGAGGAGCGAGUCAGGGGAAUUAUUGCAGAUGCUGUGGAGAUAGAAAGGGAGUUCGUGUGUGAUGCUCUUCCUUGUGCUCUGGUGGGGAUGAAUGGAGAUUUGAUGAGUAAAUACAUAGAAUUUGUCGCUGAUAGAUUGUUGGAUGCUUUGGGUUAUGACAAGAUGUACAAUGCCCAGAAUCCAUUUGAUUGGAUGGAGCUGAUUAGCUUACAAGGGAAGACUAAUUUCUUUGAGAAGAGAGUUGGGGAGUAUCAGAAGGCCUCUGUUAUGUCCAGUUUGAAUGGUAAUGGUGAUACCCAUGAAUUCAAGCUGGAUGAGGACUUCUAAAUUUAGUAUUCUAGCUUCUUUUUCUUAUUUUUUUAAAAAUAUCUUGGUAUAAUUAGAUUUAUGUUCUUCAGUUAUAUAA